CUUCAGUUUCAUCUGUAUAACUAUUUCGUUACUGGAAUGAGGACAAUGGAACAUCGUUUAAUCCAUAUUUCAUGAUUUUUAGACGUGCACUGUAGAAAUCUGGAUUUGGAAAUGUCAUAAACAUAGUUUAAUAGUUAUGGAUUGACUAGAGGAACUGUAAUUGUUCGUAUUCGUUCAGUUUUUUUUUUCUUUCCCGAAUUUGUCCGGAAUUGGUGGAUAGUUUGAGUGAGAAUAUGGUUACAUCGACAUGGCAUUCAGUGUAAAUCAUUAACCAUUGUUCUGUUGAUGGAUCAUAUAAACCGUUCUAAAACAAUUGAAUUGGUUUUAAAAUUUGCUUACAUGGUAUACGUUGAAAGGUGAUGAUGGAAAGGAAUUUGUCUCUGUUGAGCAUUGUGGAGAUGAUUUUUUGGCGGCUCUUGCGGAGUCCGCUCAAGACAAUGAGGAAUGGGAUGAUUUACAGGCAAUGGAGUCGGAAGCUUGUGGCACUUUAGAUAUUAUCCUGGAUGAAAAUGUCCAGGAAAAAGAUGGAGUUCAGGAUGCUCACAACAGAGAAUGCCCAAUCAAUAUCAUAGAGGAUUCAUCUGAAGCUGAGGAAAAACCAAAUUUGGUUAAUAUUGAUUCUUCCAGUGAAAGUGAUGAUGAUGUAGACUUCAACGCUUCAAAUAAGAGAAAUCUCGAUUCUACCAUCUCUUAUUGUUCCGAUCAGGCUAUUUCUAUACUCACUUCAAGUAAAUAUUCUUCAAGAUCAAGGGAUUGCAAAAGCAGCACCACUCGGGGUUCAGUUUCUUCAAGUCCAGGCGAAAGACAGCCCUCUAGAACAUCAGGGGCAGGACACAAGACUCUUACUUAUGAAGAGUUACAAACUUUGGAUGAUUUUGAAUUGGCAAAUGUUGUUAUUUUUGGAAACAAAGCAUUCCGACCUCUGCAACAUGAGGCUUGUAAAGCAGCUGCAUCAAAGCAAGAUUGUUUUAUACUUAUGCCAACUGGAGGAGGCAAAAGCUUAUGUUACCAGCUGCCUGCAACAGUUCAACCAGGUGUUACCGUUGUCAUAUCUCCCCUCCUCUCCUUAAUUCAAGAUCAGAUAAUCACAUUAAACCUCAAGUUUGGAAUUCCAUCAACGUUUUUAAAUUCUCAACAAACUUCUUCUCAAGCAGCUGUUGUCCUACAAGAAUUGAGGAAAGAUAAACCUUCAUGCAAGCUCUUGUAUGUGACUCCUGAGAGAAUAGCGACUCAGUCAUUUUUGGAGACUCUUAGAUUCAUGCAUAUGAAGAAACAACUUGCGGGUUUUGUUGUUGAUGAAGCACACUGUGUAAGCCAGUGGGGACAUGACUUUCGCCCAGAUUAUCGAAAUCUGGGAUGUCUUAAGCAAAAUUUCCCUGAUGUCCCAGUGAUGGCACUGACUGCAACAGCAACACAGUCAGUUCGUGAGGAUGUAUUAAAAGCUUUAAGAAUCCCGCAUGCACUCAUCCUUGAAAGAAGUUUUGACAGGCCUAACCUGAAGUACGAAGUAGUGUAUAAGACAAAAGAGCCUCUGAUGCAGCUUGGACAGCUCAUAAUGGAUCGUUUCAAGAAUCAAUGUGGAAUUGUAUAUUGUCUUUCAAAAAGUGAAUGUGUGGAGGUAUCAGAAUUUCUAAAUAAAAAAUUUAAAAUCAAGACAGCGUAUUAUCAUGCUGGUUUAGCUGCUCGCCAAAGAGUUUUGGUACAGAAGAAAUGGCAUGUGGGGGAUAUCCAGAUUGUUUGCGCUACAAUUGCCUUUGGCAUGGGGAUAGACAAGCCAGAUGUUCGGUUUGUUAUUCACAAUACAAUGUCAAAAUCAAUAGAAAGCUAUUAUCAAGAAUCAGGAAGAGCUGGAAGGGAUGGUUAUCCUGCUUCAUGUAUUGUAUUGUACCAAAAAAAGGAUUUCAGCCGAGUCGUAUGCAUGUUACGCAAUGGUCAAGGAUUUAAAAGUGAAAGUUUUAAGAUGUCAAUGUCUCAAGGAAAGAAAAUGCAACAGUUCUGUGAACUUAAGGAUGAAUGUCGAAGACAAAUGUUACUUCAGCAUUUUGGGGAGUCGUUUGAUCGAAAAACAUGCAAAUAUGGCUCUAAUCCAUGUGACAACUGUCUUAAGAAGUCUUCCUGAGCAUAUGACAUUAGCAGUUAAAGGCGACUUCAAACUGAAUACAAUCUCACCUUAAUUCUUGCGACAACAUUUCAGACCUAUAUUACUGUGUCAAGGUGCCAUUAGUGCAGGCUAGAAAAGGCUUCCUUCUUGACUACAAACUUGCCUUUCCUCAAUCCAGGUAUUUAUGCUAAAUCCAUUAUUUUGAUCACAUUUGCUCUUUUACUGUAGCAUGAUGUUUUGUAUUUGAGACAUCAAUUUUCCCCCCACUAAAUCCUCCACUAUUUAGAGUGGUCAAGGCUUAUACUUGUUUAUUGAGGUCCCUUGCGUUAGCACAUCUCCAUAUGGUAGCUCCAAGUCUUUCUUCACAAAUGUCGUCUAGUUGUGUGUGAAACUUAAUAGACAUGGUUCUUUUGCUCCAUGGUCCUUUUUAGUAAAGCGAGCAGAGAGCUGAUUCCCAAUAAUAAUAAUGGGUACAUUAUACAUUUUAUCGAAGGUUUUCUCAUAUUUUGUGUUUAGUUUUUUUAAAACGGAAACAAGACUUUUCAAUGAAAUGAUGAAAGUACACUUGAAACAUAAUGAGAAGCAAAGCUAAAACUUAAGCUAGUAAGAUAAAUGCAGUUCAAUUUAAGGAAAUUUCUUGAAUAAAAUAAUCUGCAAACAAUUUGGAGAGAGAAUGUUAUGAAAAAACUUUUAACUUGAAAGUUGAGCAACUUCGUAAUGAUUAGACAAGGAUAGAGGACUUAUCUUGGGAAAUACUUUGGUUCUCUAAAAAAUAGGUCAUUUGGGGAAUAUUAGACUUCAGUUCUAAAACAUAGGUCUUUUCUUUUGGGAUAAUAAUGUCGGAUCCAAUUAGAGAAAUAAUCUCUUGAAAAUUGUUAACCGAAUAUAUAUGUAUAUAUUUGUGAUAAAAUAAAAUAAGAAACAAUUUGGCCUAUCGAUGAUUCAUUUUUGUUUGAAUAUCCUUAUUUUUUGAAAAUUUUAUUCCCCACAAAUUUAAGAAUGCCGAUUAAUUGAAAAAUGGUCCAUUGUUGGAAAUUAUAUGAAAAGCGGCCUUUUGCUUAUGUCAGUACCAUGUGAAUUUACCGAUUCACCCUUGAAAUCCACCCAUACGCUUGUAUGUUGAGAAGGCCACUCGAUGCUCGAUGCACGAUACUUACUGACUUUUGUACCGUUAAGUACAUAUUCGUUGCUCGAUGGAAUAGACGUGGUGCUCGUUCCCCGAUACUUAUCAAUUACAUACUUGUUCCUCGAUAUUUGUCUGCGCCACGUUCCUUCUACUUUGUAAUUAAUGCUCUUGUACUAACAUACACAAAUAGGGAAAGUUGGGCACAAUUUCCACAAUUCUUUCAAAUUAUUUUAAUUAGAAGUGAAGUAAUUUUUCUAUUAACAAAAAACAAACAUGACACACCAUUUGAAAAUUACUCUCAAAAUAUUUAAAUUCACUUAUGUUCCCUCCAAAAAACCUAUUAUAGCACGCCUGCAAUAUUUGAAAAAAAAUCAACAGUUAGGAUAAGAAGACAUUUGGAUCAUUGUUGACUAUCAAUUGCACGUCUUAAGUAUGUAAAUGUACACCUACAAGUUUUUUUUUUUUUUUUUUUUUUUUACCUUGUAUGAGACGCCUGAAUGUAACUAAGUGAACGGGUGUAUAUGAGGGUGUGAAUGUGCAUUUUGAUCACUAGCGAGUGAGUAACUAUUAGUGGUACGUCAGAGAGGAAAGAAAAAGGGCAAGGACUUGGUAAAAAUCAAGUAGCUGUAGAGAGGAUCGAGUAGCGGAUAUCGAGGAGUGAGGAUUAAGUGACGAGGAGUGAGAUUUUUUUACAGAAAUUGUAUUUUUUUCUAACUUGUAUGAUUUUUUUUUAAGGAUUGACAAGAAGUAUCUAUUCAUAAAAUAUGAGGGUAAAUGGGACGACAUGAAGCAUGCUAUAAUGGAUGUGUUUGAAGAGUAUCCUACUUUCGAGAACAUUGAUGUAUCCUUUGAGAAAUCUAGUAUGUAAACUUGCAAAAUUUUAGUUGCUAGAGUUCCACAUUAUAAUAAUUGAAAUAUAAGUUGGAUAUUGAUUCUACUCUAGUAUGUUUAAUGGACAACAAUGAUAUCCAAUUUCUCUUUUGGAGUAUGAUUAUACUAGACCUCAAAUAUUUGCAAGUGUUGAGAAAAUUCAUCAAGAAAUGACCUUCGAUGACACGGAGAGAGAACACCAACCCAAAUGUGGAGUGGAAGGUAAUGAUGCGGAUAUUUUUCUAUCAGCAAUUUCAUUGGAAAACGACAAUAAUCCAUGGAAAAGGUGUGUUGUCUAACACUCGAAUGUGACUAUAGAAGAGGUUGAAAAUAGCAUUGAUGUUGAGGUAUGUGUAGAGAUGAGAAUAUAGUGAAUGUGUCGCAUCCCAUUUUGGAUUCGAAAAGAAAUAAUGCUUUACGCC